UGUCACUUCCUUGUUUAUUUUUUUUAUAUUCCUUGGUCUAAUAGUUGUUAGCUAAAACUAGCUACCGAGUAAAAAUGCCAGGGCGUUGUUCAGCUUUCAACUGUAGGAAUACGUUUAAAAAUGUUAAACAUAAAACAAACAAGGUUACAUUUCACAGCUUUCCAAAGCGUGAUCCUAAACGAAUAAAAGAGUGGGUGGGUCAGAUGAAAUGGAAAGACUGGCAGCCAACCCCUCAUUCCUUACUGUGCUCAGAGCAUUUUGAGGAGAGGUGCAUGGAUAGAACUGGGCAGACAGUGCGUUUACGUGAUGAUGCAAUACCAACUAUCUUUGCCUUUCCUAGUCACCUACAAAAAAAGUUUCAGAAAACAGCCGGAAGGAGGAAAAGAGUAACCUUGUUCCCAGAGGAUCCUGUUCCUGAGGAGUCGACACAACGGGAGAAGUCUCCACCCACCUACUUAAACCACAGUAUAUGGCACCCAAGUCGUUUCCAUGACGACUACUGUGUUCCACAGAGUAUUGACUGGGCUGUAAAAGACAUGCCUAAAGAAAUCCCAUCUGCAACUUUAGAAAAGCAAGGUCUGAUCUUUAUCCCCAAGCACGCAAUCAAGAUCAAGGAGAAAUGGGAUUGGCUGACAAUGGAUGUGAAGGGACCAUUUCCAGAGACCAAAAGUAGACACAAGUUUGUACUAACUGUAAUGGACUACUACUCCAAAUGGAUGGAAGCCUACCCCAUGAAGACCAACAACAGUAAAGAGAUUGCCAAAAUCAUCUCUGAUCUCAUCUCUCGCUUUGGCUUCCCUGUUGGAAUCCUGUCUUGUUUGACUCGAGCACACAUUUUAGAGAUCAACUUGGCUUUGGGUGAUCUGAAGAAACUGACAUGCCAACUCAUAUUCUACCGUCCUCUGGGAGUGUCACUGGAUCCAGUAACAAAGUCCCUUGUAGACCGGUUGGUGUCAGAUUUGGUGAAAGAACAUCCUGAUCGUUGGGAUGUUUACCUGGCUGCCAGUGUGUUCAGCUUCUGCUGCAAAGAGCACCCCACCACCAGACAAAUCCCCUGUCUCUGCUGCGCUGCGGAGGGACUCAGUCUGUCUCCACCUCACCAAGAAAGCUGCCUGAUAAUGGGAUAAAAGGAAGGACCUUUGUCAUACUAGAUGCCCAGCCACCUCAAAGGGAAGUCCGUGUGGAGUGCAAUCAGUGCAGUCAAUGGAGCACGGUCAGCCAGGACUCAGAGCUGAAGAGAUAUGAGGAGAUGAAACUUGGGGAGGAGGACUACACCCACACCUGUGUGAGCUGCAGAGUGGCCAUGAGCUGCAGGGUGGCCCUGGAGGUCAUGAGGGGUUAGGAGACAAGGACAUGAAGAACUGGAUGUAAAUGAGAAAGCUUUUCAAACAAGGACUGAAAAGAUGGAGGAUAUAAUAAGGACGUUGGAAACCAAGUGGUGGUGAAGGAAGAGAUUGAUGUAGGGGUGAAAAAAGGUUCCUAGGGGAAGAAGUUUGAACAAUAAGAGUUUAUAAUGUGUAUAUACUUAUACGUUUCUCAGUCAUAAACGUUUUUGGAAUGAAAUAAAAACAGAUAGUGUUGUUUUCAAGUUGUGUGUGCUCAAACAGUGGAUUGUUGUUUAAUAAUGCAUUUGGGCAGACAUCUAUACACUGCUUCAGUGCUUCAUCUAUUCCUCUCUGAUUUGGGGUAUUUUAGAAAAUGAGGUAGCUGCAGUCCAAUAUGGGAACCAGAGUAUGGGAGAGUGGGCAUGUGGAAAGGACAAGAGUGGGCAUGUUGAAAGGAGCUCUGCUAUAGCUUAGUUAGACUGUUGCUUCCUGUGACUAUCACCUUGAUGUUGGCUACGAGGCAGCUACUUCCCACUCUGCUGGGGGACAGUAGACAGAGACAUUUGAUUAUGCUGAACUGGGGGGCAACGGUCUAUGGCCCGUGAUUUGAAAGGGUCAAAGCGGGGAGGGAGGAGCGCCCUUCUCAAAUGGAACAGUAAUCUGUACCGCUGGGUCAUGUCAACAAGGCAGCAUUGUGCAUCGUCUAGAAACAUGCAUCUCUUUUUCAUAAAAUACACAUUUAAAUUAAACUAGUUUCCAUUUGGGAUGGCAGAUAUGGUCCUCUGUAGUUGGUAGAGCAUGGUGCUUGUAACACUAGGCUUGAGUUCCAUUCCUGCUCGGAACACCCAUACAUACAAUGUAUGCACACAUGACUAAGUUUCUAUUGGGUCAUUUUAUUUGCUGUAUUUUUAUUUAACUAUGCAAGUCAGUUAAGAACAAAUUCUUAUUUACAAUGACGGUCUACCAAAAGACAAAAGGCCUGCGGGGAUGGGGGUCCUGGGAUUAAAAUAACAAAAUAGGACAAAACACACAUCACGACAAGAGAGACACCACUACACUACAUAAAGAGAGACCUAAGACAGCAUGGCAGCAACACAUGACAACACAACAUGGCAGCAGUAUAAAUCAUGAUACAAACGUGUUAAUGGGAUUUAUCUGUUAAUUGAAUGAUUAGAAUAUUCCACCCUGAAAUCAUAUAAUUGUAUGGAAUUGAUUAGAAUGUAUAAAAUUAUAAUCAAUAAGUGUAGUUCUAGUCAGAAUUAGGGUAAAACAAUAUAGCUAAUGUAUGUUUUUAUGGUAUUUUAAAGACAGACUGUCUGAGCAAAAUUCGGCGCCGACCUGACCAGAGAUUUGGGAGAGAACGGGGAGGUCAAGGUCUCCCUAAUCUCUGUCGGCUGGGUAGUGAGCCAAUGUGUGCGAAGCAGGACAUUGUGUGCGUCUGUUUGUGUGAAUGUGUGUGCGUAUGGUUGUGUGAAUGUGGGCGUGAGAAGUCAGUAUAAAAUGAAUUGAUUUGUAUUCUUGACUUCAGAACGUUCCCGUGAAUAAACCUUUUUGGCCAUUUA